UGGAUGGGAGAUGAGAAAAAAGCAGGCAAGGGGCAGCAAGGGGAAAGGUCCGCCAACGAAGCCGGCAGAGGGGAGAGAAGCAUAUGCAUCAUCAGUCCGGUGACGACGGAUUUCCCGGAACUAUCCAAUUCGAUUCAAACAAGCAUUACCGGCUCACCCCUUUCUUUCCUUCCACGUGUCCCGCCUCCACCCACGCCGUCAAUACACUCCCUCCGGUCCCUUCGCCCGCCCUCGGUUUUUUCCGUCAACCGAAAAAUAUAAAAAUUCCUUUAUUUCCCUGUCCUAAAUGUUAAAACGACGUCAAAACACGCACUCCGUCAAUAAAUUCCUCCGGUCAACACACCGCCCCACCUAAUAAACCCUAAUCCACCCCUCCCCCAUCUCUCUAUCUGCUUUUUCUGUUCUCUCUCCAGCGGCCGUCAGAUCGGAGGCUUCCAUGGAAGACGACGACGAGAUCCAGUCGCACCCGUCGGCUGAGACGGAUCCUCCUUCUUCACCUUCGCCGCCUCCGAACGGUCGGACAACGGUGACGGUGGCGGCCGCCCCGCCCCCGCAGAGCAGCCUGGCGCUGGCGCUGCCCAUGCAGCAGCCGCCGAGGGCGGCCGCCGGUAACGGCGGCGGCGGCCGUGAGGAUUGCUGGAGUGAAGGCGCAACAUCGGUGCUGAUCGACGCCUGGGGCGAACGCUACCUGGAACUGAGCCGAGGCAAUCUGAAGCAGAAGCACUGGAAAGAAGUCGCCGACAUAGUCAGUAGCCGCGAGGACUACACCAAGACCCCUAAAACCGACAUUCAGUGCAAGAAUCGCAUCGACACCGUGAAGAAGAAAUACAAGGUCGAGAAAUCGAAGAUCGCCAACGGCAGUGGACCCAGCAAGUGGCCGUUCUUCGACAGACUAGAUCAAUUGAUCGGCCCCACGGCGAAAGUAGCGGCAACCGCGACUCCGAGCCUGCCCUCCGGCAGCCACAAAGUGCCUAUGGGGAUACCAGUCGGAGCCAGAUCAGUUCACCCUUACCAAAAUCAGCACAAACAACCGCAGCAGCCGCCGCAGCAUCAGAAGGAAAAGCAGCAGUUUCGAAGACGUCUUCCUAUCACCGAUUCUGACUCGUCCAGAUCGGAGCCGGAGCCGGAGCCUCCUUCUCCGGACUCUACCGACAGUUUUCCGCCGGAAACCUACGAGAGGAAGAGGCCUAGGAUUCAGAAAGAGUUGAAUAAAAGGAAAUUGCAAACCGGGGGAGGAGGAGGAGGAGGAGGAGGAGGCGGAGGCGGAGGAGCGGGAGCAGGAGCAGGAGGAAGAGAGAAAAAUUGGGGGAAUUCACUGAGGGAGCUUACACAGGCGAUUCUCAAGUUCGGGGAGGCGUACGAGCAGGCGGAGACGUCGAAGCUGCAACAGUUGGUGGAGAUGGAGAAGCAGAGGAUGAAGUUUGCCAAGGAGCUGGAGUUGCAGAGAAUGCAGUUCUUCAUGAAGACUCAGUUGGAGCUUUCGCAGCUGAAGCAUAGGAGAGUUGGGAACAACAGCAAUAAUCACAACAAUAUUAGCAGCAGCAACCACCACCAUAUCAACAACAAUAACAAUAACAGUGAUAGCAGUGGUUAGAAUUUAGAUUGAUCUAGGCUAGCCAUGCUCUCAUGCAUUUGAAUCACUCUCAUCCGUGCCUCUGUCACCCAUAUUGAUCAGUUGAUGAGACGAAUUUGUAUUUGAAUUUGGUAGUCUUUUUAACUUUUUAAUGGUUACCUGUCCCUUGUUGCUGUGUUUU